AUGUCUUCUGACCAGUCCCUCAAGCCCAUCACCAUCUACGGCAAGCAUGGUCCCAACCCGCCCAAAGUGCGCAUGCUGUGCGAUGAACUCAACAUCCCGUACACGCUCAUCGACACGCCAUUCCCGGACCUCAAGAAGCCCGAUUUCCUAGCCGUCAACCCCAACGGCCGCAUGCCCGCCAUCCACGACCCCAACACGGACCUCACGCUGUGGGAAUCAGGCGCCAUCCUCGAGUACCUAGUGGAGAAGUACGAUACCGAGCACGCGGUGAGCUUCGCCCCGGGGUCCAACGACGCCCAGCUGGCCCGCCAGUGGCUCUUCUUCCAGGUCUCGGGCCAAGGACCCUACUACGGCCAGGCCGUGUGGUUUACAAAGUACCACCCGGAGCAGCUCGCGUCGGCGCAGGACCGGUACUACCGCGAGAUUGAGCGCGUGACGUCGGUGCUGGACGGGCAUCUUGCCAAGCAGGAUAAAGGGAGCGAUGGUCCGUGGCUGGUCGGUGGCAAGUUCUCGUACGCCGAUUUGGCGUUUGUGCCGUGGCAGUAUUUCAUCGAUCUUGGGCUGAAGGGCAAGCUUGAUCUCAGCCCGUACAAGGAGGUGGCAGGGUGGUUGGAGAGGCUGGUGGCGAGGAAGGCGAUUAAGAAGGCGAUUGACGAGUUUCCUUCUGUGACCGCGAACACCAAAGAGUCUUGA